AUGGCAAAGUUCAUCUUGCUGCUGCUGCUCCUCCCAGAGACCUGCUGUGAGGGACUGAAGGUCAAAUGCCCCUGGAGCUGGCACAAGACUGAGGAGAUCAACCAGAAUCCCAACCUCUUGCCCAAUAUCACCCUGGGCUACAACUUCUAUGACAGCCUUCAUGAUGCCAGACUGACUUCAGAUGCCACCAUAGACCUUCUCUCAACCACCCAGGCCCAUGUUCCCAAUUACAAGUGUGGCAAGAAAAAUCAUCUGCUGCAUUGCCUGAAGUGUCCAGAAGGCCAGCAUCCAAGCACAUCCCGGAAUCAGUGCAUUCCCAAGGUCAUCACCUUCCUGUCCUAUGAAGAAUAUUUGGGGUCCUUCCUCACUUGUGUAAACCUACUCUUCUCUGUAGCUGCAGGAAGCAUUUUGGGAAUCUUCAGGAAAUUCCAAGAAACCCCAGUAGUCAAGGCCAACAACCGAGACCUCUCCUACAUUCUGCUUGUCGCCAUCCUGCUUUGCUUUGCAUGCUCUUUCCUCUUCAUUGGCCAGCCAAGAAGCAUCACCUGCCUCCUCCGACAAGCAGCCUUCAGCAUCAUCUUCUCAGUGGCCAUCUCUUCUCUUCUGGCCAAAACUGUCACUGUAGUGCUGGCCUUCCUGGCCACCAAGCCAGGCAACCGGGCGAUGAACUGGUUGGGGAGGAGUUUGGCCAACUCCAUUGUCAUGUCCUGUUCCAGCGUCCAAGUAGUCAUCUCAACCAUCUGGCUGGGCACCUCCCCACCAUUCCCUGACUCAGACAAGCAGUCCCAGCCUGGGCAGAUCAUCCUGAAGUGCAACGAAGGCUCUGUGGCCAUGUUCUACACUGCCCUUGGCUACAUGGGCUUCCUGGCUGCCAUUUGCUUCACGGUGGCCUUCCUGGCCAGGAAGCUGCCCGGGGCCUUCAACGAGGCCAAGCUCAUCACCUUCAGUAUGCUGGUCUUCUGCAGUGUCUGGGUGUCCUUCAUUCCUGCCUAUCUGAGCACCAAGGGGAAGUACAUGGUGGCCGUGCAGGUCUUCUCCAUUGUGGCCUCCAGUGCUGGGCUGCUGGGCUGCAUCUUCCUCCCCAAGUGCUACAUUAUUCUUGUGAGGCCUGAUCUGAAUACCAAAGAGCAUCUCAUGACGAAAAGCCAAGUAUAA